ACAGCAGACCCUCUCGAUGAACACACCGGGGUCCAACCAUCCGAUGUCUCCCUGACGGCUCUCAGCAAGGAUCCAUGAGAAAAGGUAACUCAGGAAACCGCUGCGGAUUCGGAGCUGAACCUCCAGCCCUGCAGGAAAGCAGCCAGCGCUGAACGUGCGCGUUUGGACUGGAGCUGCGCUCGGGAAGAGGCGAUGGCAGGGCGGCGGAGCUGCUGGAAUGCCGCGCUCCUGGUGCUGCUGUGUGCGGGCAGUGCCCGGGCCCAGCGGGACUGCACGGGCGCCGAGUGCCCGGCCCUGGAGAACUGCAUCGAGGAGGUGCUGGAGCCCGGCGGGUGCUGCGCCACGUGCCUGCAGCACGGCUGCACCUGCGAGGGCUACCAGUACUACGACUGCCUCAACGUGGGCUUCACCAACGGCAAGGUGCCCGAGGGACAGUCCUACUUCGUGGACUUCGGCAGCACCGAGUGCUCGUGCCCCAAGGGCGGCGGCAAGAUCAGCUGCCAGUUCAUGCUGUGCCCGGAGCUGCCCCCCAACUGCAUCGACGCCGUGGUGCCGGCGGACGGGUGCCCGCAGUGCGGCAGGAUCGGCUGCCUGCACGAGGGGCAGAAGUACGUGGCGGGGCACACCUUCCACAUGCCCCCCUGCAAGGUGUGCCACUGCCCCAACGCCGGCGGGGAGCUCAUGUGCUACCAGCUACCCGACUGCGACGCCUUCGCCCUGAACACGGCCAGCCCCGGGGACGCCGAGGACGGGGAGCCCGAGAGGCACUACGACGAUCCCUACAGCUACGACCAGGAGGCGGCCGAGGGGGACAACACCCAGCUGGAGUCUCCCAAAAAGUACCGGAGUUACUCGUCCCACCUGGAGCAGGACAGCCAGGAGCAGGGGGAGGACUAUGACUACCCGGCAGCCAGCGUGGCUCCAUCGGUGCCGGCCCCGGCCCGUCCAUCCCCCGAGGGGACGGUGCCCCCCAGCCCCGUGGUGCCCCAGGGCCCCGCUGAGGUGCGCGGUGCCACCGAGAGGGGCGAGAGGCGCAGGGUGCCCCGCACCACCGCGGCUUCCCUCCAGCAAGGGACGCACAGGGAGGCACCAGCAACCACCAGAGCUCCUGUGGAGCACACGACGGCCACCACUGAGACCCCCCAGCACCCGGAGGAGCUGGAGAGGAGACCAAAGGGGAAGCAAGGGAACAAAGAGAGGCGUGAGCAAGAAAGAGCCCCCCACUCUAAAAUGAAAAAGCACGUCAGGAAAGAAGAGCCAGCAAAUAGCAUGUACCAGGGCUUGACAGAGGGGAAUUUAACAGACCCGAGCUGGGCAAAGUCUUCCCCUGAAACCCUCGAGGGAAACGACUUCCCCAAGGUGAAGUUCAGUGCAACGACCUCUCCUCCUGUUGCUCUCCAGGAAGACCGCAGCCAGUCCUCCCCAAAGCAGUCCCAGACGCUGUAUCGGUACCACCCCGAGGAGGACGGGGACCCCAACUCCAUCCACGCCAACCCCAGGCUGCCAGAAGGUUCCACGAAGGAAUUGAUUGAGAGCUGCUGUGGAGCUGGACAGCAGUGGGCCAUAGACAAUGGGGAGUGCACAGAAAUCCCUGUGAGUGGAAUGGAUGGUGACAUUUGCAGCCCGUGCCAGUGCUCCCAAAUCCUUGUUCCUGACAGUGCCCUUCCUUUGCAGCAAUGCUGUGACUGCUGCAAUCUGGGCCUGAGACUGAGGAGUGAGGGCAAAACCUGCGAGUCCAACAUCAACCUGGGCUACCCCUGCAGCCAUGUGAUGCUGUCCUGCUGUGAGGGGGGGGACCACUUCAUCCAUCCAGAAAUCAAAAGGCAUCCUGAGCCUUUGCCAACAGUGACACCUGAGAAGGUUUCAGAGAGGGAAGAUCACAACGAAGCUUUGUCCAUCAGCAGUGAGGCUGAACUGUCCAACAGCCUGCCUGGAGACGACCUGGAUGAGUGUCUCCUCUAUGGUGGGGAGCUCUGCCAGCAUUUGUGCAUCAACACCGUGGGCUCCUACAAGUGCUCGUGUUUCCCAGAUUUCACCUUGCAGGAUGAUGGGACCAGCUGCUCUCCAGAUCCUGACAGGGCACAGGUGACAAGGCUGGAAGCUGAAGCCACCAUCCCUCCAGUAGCCUCUCCCUCUCAGCCCAUUCUGGUGGUGUCCUUGCAGGAGGAGCAGGACCAGUGUAAAGAUAACGGGCCCUGCAAGCACCUCUGCAACGUGGUGGAAGGAGAGGCCGUGUGCUCCUGCCUGGCUGGGUACACCCUCAUGGCUGAUGGCGUGUCCUGUGAAGAUUUGGAUGAGUGCCUCACAGGUGCUUGUUCCAGCGGACAAUUAUGUGAGAACACACUGGGAUCAUUCUCCUGUGUCAGCCACAGUGGGAUGUGUGCAGAGGGCUUUAUUCUCAACAGGCAUAGGAAAUGUGUUGACAUUAAUGAGUGUGUGACAGAGAGACACACCUGCCAGCGCAGAGAGCACUGCGUCAACACCAUGGGCUCCUUCAGGUGCCUGCAGGAGCUGACCUGCCAGCCAGGCUAUGAGCUCAAGGAUGGGGACUGUGUUGAUAUCGAUGAGUGUGAGAGAGGAACUCACAGCUGCAAAGUCAACUUUGUUUGUCAGAACACAGAAGGGUCCUUCUACUGUGAGUCAAAGCAGCGCUGCAUGGAUGGGUUUCUGCAAGAUCCUGAGGGAAACUGUGUUGAUAUUAAUGAAUGCACGUCCCUCCCUGAGCCCUGUAAACCAGGAUUCAACUGCAUCAACACAGUUGGGUCUUACACCUGCCAGAGGAACAUGCUGAGCUGCAGCAGAGGAUACCACUCCAACGAGGAGGGCACCCGCUGCGUAGAUGUGGAUGAGUGUCAGACUGGUGUGCACCGCUGUGGGGAGGGGCAGAUCUGUCACAACCUCCCCGGGGCUUAUCGCUGUGACUGCAAGAUGGGCUUUCAGUACGACGCCUUCAGCAGGAGCUGCAUCGAUAUAAAUGAGUGCUGGAACUACCCCGGGCGCCUGUGCCAGCACACGUGUGAGAACACCCCUGGCUCCUACCACUGCACCUGCUCCUCUGGCUUCCGCUUGUCCUACGAUGGCAAACAUUGUGAAGAUGUGAAUGAAUGUGAUAACAGUCCCUGCAGCCAGGAGUGUGCCAACGUUUACGGCUCCUACCAGUGCUACUGCAGGCAAGGUUUCCAGCUGGCAGAAGAUGGACAUUCCUGUAAAGACAUUGAUGAGUGCACACAGAGUGCAGGCAUCCUCUGCACCUUCCGCUGCGUGAAUGUUCCUGGCAGCUACCAGUGUGCUUGUCCUGAGCAGGGAUACACCAUGGCAGCCAAUGGAAGGACCUGUCGAGAUAUUGAUGAGUGUGCAAUAGGAACCCAUAACUGCUCAACUGCAGAGACCUGCUACAACAUCCAGGGCAGCUUCCGCUGCCUGUCCUUCGAGUGCCCUUCCAACUACAGAAAAGUGUCUGACAUGAGGUGUGAACGCAUCAGCUGCUUCAACUACCUGGACUGCCAGAACACCCCGGUGAGAAUCACCUACUACCAGCUCAACUUCCAGACCAACAUCGUGGUCCCAGCCCACAUUUUCCGGAUCGGCCCCUCCCCUGCCUACGCCGGGGACAACAUCGUCCUCACCAUCACCCGGGGCAACGAGGAGAGCUACUUCAGCACCCGCAGGCUCAACUCCUACACGGGCAUCGUGUACCUGCAGCGCCAAGUCAAGGAGCCCAAAGACUUCCUGUUGGAUGUGGAGAUGAAACUGUGGCGCCAGGGAACAUACACCACUUUUCUUGCCAAGAUUUACAUCUUCAUCACGGCUCACGCGUACUGAGGCCUGUGCUGACGUGGGAUUUGAUUGGUGCUAUGCUCUUUACCUGUUCUACCAAAGCUUAAUACUGUUGAACUGGCAUUUAAUGUAUCUAGCCUUUAUAUUAUUUUUCUAUCAUUGCUUUAAACUUUUUUAUUGGUUGUGUAAAUUAAGUUAAUUUUUAUCUUUUGAUGUUUUGUUUCCUUGUGCAGUUCUGUGCAUCAUCAUUUGCCAACCAACGAAGGAAGGGUUGGGAGGCAGCACGUGCCUUGUGCUGAAUGCUGGAACCUUUUCCUAGCCAUUGUUUAUAGGUGUAGUCGCCUCUGCAGGGUAUUGCACUAGAGAGGGAAGAUGUUCACGUGGGAGUAUUGGGAAAAAAGCUUUGAGGGCUUUCUCUUGCUGGCACAAAGUCGUGGCUUGGCUCAGCCAGUGCCUUCCCUGGGGUUGAGAUGCUGUGUCGGGGCCGUACGUGGACACUGAUGGUCACCCCACCUCCUGGGAUUAUUCUCCUCCUUCCAACUUUCAUAAUAUGUUGCCUUAAAAUAUAUAUAAAUAAAAGAAAACUCCACCAGUGAAAAAGAUGGAUGAAUCUUGCUUUGGUAGGAACUACUCACAUGCUAAAUAUUUGCAAGGCUGAGGCCUUCACAGAAUGUUACACUUUGGGGUAAAAGCUCACAUUGCCAUUUUUAGUGGUUUUCUUUAUAGGUGCUGAGGCUCCUCUGUUCCUCAUUCUGUUAUAUAGAACUAUAACUGCAGAUUCACUGCUUUGGAAUUCUUAAAGGAAUAUCCAAAUGGAAAUAAUGAAAUAAUCUUUACUGCUCCUUAUUGUAAAGCUUGGGUGUGCCACUGAGGCAAUUUUAAACAGACAGAAAGGGCAGUUGCUUCUCUGCUUCAGGAAAAUUCCUUCAGUUGUGUUGCUGAACGACACAGAGGGAAAGGCCAGUGAAAUUGGUGGGUUGUAUUUUGCCAUUUAGAAAAGAGCACAACCAAAGUUUUGUGCUGGAUUUCCUCUCGUUCUUCAGGAAACUGGAUGAAAUCCAAAGUUGGAGGCCAGAUCUGGCAAAGUGUAGUAUAAUCAAAGUAUUUGUUAGAAUUUAGAAGGAAUAUCAGAACUUCCUUGCAGCUCUUUUCUUUUUUUUAUCCCUCCCAAAAAACCAAAAAAGCUCUAGUGUUGCAAUUUUCUGAGCUGCCUUUGUUCUAACUCUAAUUAUUCUGCAAAAUAUUUUAAAGGAAGAGCAUAGUUACAAUAUACUGAUGUCAGCUACACUGCAGUUUAAUAAUCCUACAGUCCCAGGUUGGAGGGGACCUCAAGGAUCAUCUGACCCAUUCUUGGCAAAAUAAUAAUCUGUCCUUUUCUAUAGUCAGUCUUAUUUUGACCAGUAUGUACACCAAAAAAAAAA